AUGCCUCCAAAAUCAACAAAAACAUCUUUUCCCUGUACCUCUUGCAACUCAGCUACUUUUUCUACCAAAGCUCAGUUGAAUACUCACAGAAGUAACUGUGUUCAAACUGGAAUUCUCAACUUACCUGAUAGUGUCAUUGUCAUCUCCAAAGGCAAAGAUAACAAGUUUUUCUGCCAGUGUGAUAGUGGCAAAUGUGAUCCCAAUGGCUAUCUCAAUAUAUACAAUCUGCGCAGACACUUGACAAAAUAUAAAGGAAUCUGGAAAGUUGAAACUUCUGGCUCUGGUGUUGGUUCCCCUUCUGCCCUUCAGGACUCUGGUUCUAAUACCAACUCAAGUCUUCAAGAGACUUCCAAUCCUAUUUCUCUCAGGCCCCAGGUUUCAAGUUCCAGAGUGUCCUCUCCUCCACUUUCCUUUCCACCAUCUCCAACUCUUCCAACUCCUCCAUCUCCUCCUGCUGCCUCCAUAUUCAGAGCUCAGUCCUUGGACUAUGAAGAUCCACCUCUGCCUCAGCCUGAACCUGCUUUGCCAACUGAAUUAUAUCAGGAUGCAUACUUAGCCAGCUUGCACUUGGCUGUUAACAUCAGACUUCCAGCUCUUUGCUGUGAAGUCUGCCAAGUUGCCCUCAUUCCUGAUCAGGCUGCCAGACACUGCUCUGAGUCAAAUAUCACUGCUCAUCCCAGACUCAAUGUGGAUAUGGCCAAGUUGCAGGCCAGUUUGGCUUCAUUCAACUUCUCCAUGUAUUCUCUGCCUGCCAUAUCCACCAUCUCUGUGCCUGCUUUCCAAGGUCUGGCUAUUCAUGAGGUCCUUCAAUGCUCCCACUGUUCCUUGAUGCUUAGUGACAAAAAGCAUCUCAAUGUUCACUGCAAACAACAGCACUCUCACUCUGCAUCUGGACAGUUUGCCAAGGUUCAUGCUCAGCAGCUAAACAAGGGAACUCACAAGACUUACUUCUCUGUCCAACCUCCAACCUUUGGUCCACCUUCCACUGACACUCUCAACCUCAUUCACUCCAUCAGAGAGCAAGUGACUGCCAGGCAUCAGGCUCUUACUGUUCAACAAACUGAGUCCAGAGAUGUGACACCUUUUCUGCAAAGGUUGAAGUGGCAUAUCUAUGUGACUGGUAAAGACCUGACUGCUCUGAAACUUAUGGUGGCACCAAUUGGCAGAAAUGAGGCUGUGGGUCUCAAAGAGAUUAUGGAUCACUAUGUGCAGUCUUCCUUAGACUGUGUAGAGGCUAUGUCAGAACUGGCUAGGCAAAAACUCAAUUCUCCUUAUCCUGAUACAGAGUAA